AUGUGGCUCUCACCAUAUGACGCAAAUCAACUUUUUGAGAUAUUGCCUGUAGGAGGCGCUAUCGCGGUAGUUGCCUCCAGAGACCAGGAUGUCCAGUACACCCUCCAUCGACUCCGCGCUCCUGUGAGACGAAAACCGAGGUCGAAUUAUGCUCAAUUAAGCAGAAGUCUUAGCCAUGGUGAAUCUUUCGCCGGAUAUAACAAGAACGACAACACCCAAUUUUCUCCAAGAAGUGCAUCAUCCCAUAGCCAAUAUACUUCGUCCACAGGGGCCAUUCCACUUAAGAAUCCUUUCGUGACACCGACUGGUCAGCUCGGUGUUUCAGCUGUUAACUUUACUUCCGACUUUCCGGAACUCGGUGAUGGCAGCCACCUUGACGAUGGUUUUGCCCCUCAGUACAGACCCGCUUCGGCCACGUCACCAUAUGGCACCAUGACUACGAAUACUGGCUAUGGCUAUGGUACCCUAAACUCAAACGGAUACGGAGGAUACAGUACGCUGAGCUCAAACAACGGCUACUCUACAUUAGGCAGAGGAGGAAUCGCAAAACAUUCUCGACCACCAAGUCCUUAUGGAAGUUUAAAAAGUAGGAAAGGCGUAAGCUGGUUAGAUCAAGAAAGAGCUCGGUCACUGUCCCCAGCGAAUGGCAGACGACAGGUGAGUGUAUCCUCGAGUAGAAGGUUUUCUCAGGUUCGCUGA